CUAAACAAUGCACUUUUCAGUCUUUCAGUGCAGUAUCUGCAAACAACUCCAGAGGGAAGUCAUGUGUUGUCUUUAGAGCAUCUUUGCAUUCAGCAAGAUAUCCAACAUAUACACUCUGAGAGAAAUGUUUGGUGGCCAGUGGUCAUCUAGCGCACGACUCGAUGGCAAAACAGUCAUUAUAACUGGAGCAAAUACUGGCAUUGGAAAAGAAACCACAAGAGACCUGGCAAAACGCGGUGCCAGGAUAAUAAUGGCUUGCAGAGACCUUGAGAAAGCAGAAGGAGCACAGAAAGAGAUCAUGGAGGACUCAGGGAACCAAAACAUAGUGAUCAGGAAACUAGAUUUAUCUGACACCAAGUCAAUCAGAGAAUUUGCUGAGGUAAUCAACAAAGAGGAAAGAGCUAUUCACAUACUCAUUAACAAUGCUGGGGUCAUGAUGUGUCCCUACUCUAAGACAGCAGAUGGUUUUGAGAUGCAGUUUGGUGUCAACCACUUAGGUCAUUUCCUGUUAACCUUCCUGCUGAUUGAUCUGCUGAAGAGAUCUGCCCCCUCAAGAAUCAUCAACCUUUCCUCCAUGGCUCAUAGUUGGGGCACAAUAGCACUUGAUGAUAUCAAUAGUGAGAGGAAUUACCACAGUAGAAGGGCAUAUGGUCAGAGUAAAUUGGCCAAUAUCCUUUACACUCGUUCCUUGGCCAAAAAACUCAAGGACACAGGUGUUACAGCAUAUGCAGUCCAUCCAGGAAUUGUGCGGACAGACCUUAAAAGACAUAUGAAUCUCGGACUUCUAAUCAUGUGGAAGGUUGUCAGACCUUUCACAAAGACCCCAGUGCAGGGAGCACAAACUACCAUCUACUGCGCAGUGCAACCAGAAUUAGACCAAGAGAGUGGUGGCUACUACAGCAACUGCAGACCUUCAAGAUGCACCAGAGCUGCUAGAGAUGAUGAAAUGGCUGAGAAACUUUGGGAGCUCAGCUGCAAAAUGCUGGGAAUAGUCUGGGACUGAACGCAGUGUUUUCCAUAAACAAUUCAGUAUAUCCAUUUUUAUUUACUAUUAUUAUUGUUAUUUACAAUUAAUUCCAACAUGAACACCCAAGGAAAAAUGCCAUGACACAAACUAGUAUCAACAAAUAUUUCUUUCUCAGUAGGUUGUUUUUAUUUUAAAGUUAGAGGUCAAACAAUAUUUCCAGUUAGAAUAAAGAACAUUUUUUCCCCCAUUCAUAGACCUCCAUUUGCAUUAUCAAAUCCAUUUGCAUUAUCAAAUGGUCUAGACUCUGAUAUAAUUACAUUAUACGGUGAGCAUGUAACAAUUAUACACUGGACUUAAAGUCAAUAGCUGUUUGACCUUCCACAGGUAAUAUUUCCUUAAACCCCGCACUGUUUAACAACAGUUUUUUGAGAACUAAGCUAAUUUGUCCAGAUCCAGGAGCCUCUUAGAACAAGCCCUGCCUAUAUCCAUUUAUUUAUUGAUUCUGUCAAUAUCUUUAACAGAAUCAGUACUUUAGUGUUUGUUCAAUCUCUUUUCAGUAUGUUUUGGUGAUUUCUCAGACUUUUUUUUUUUUUGUAAAAUGUAAUAAUUUCAUUAUAAAAUUAAUCUAUACAGUUUAAUAAAAUUGAUCCUUUGUAGAGGUGAUGCAAUUUUAUUUGAUAUUAGCACAAUAAAAAGAAUCACAUUUAAUGUGAUAAUGAUGACAGCUGCCUUCAAUACACUUAUUCAUUGUUGUACAUCAUAUUUUUACAUUGUACAGCUCUUCCCCGAGGAAAUUGUGCUAUGAUAUUAAUACUGCAUUAAAAACUGGAUUUUUUAAAUG